AUGCGGCUUGCACAAGAGGUGGGACUCAAGUUGCCAGUCACUCUACACCAACUGGCAAGUGGGAACGAUUAUACAAGCCUCCAAUACAGCUUCAGAGUCUCCAAGAGUUCCAUAUGCCGGUUUAUCCCAUUAGUCUGCCAAGCCAUUAUCGACACAUACAAACCAGAAGUGAAGUGCCCCAAGACACUAGAAGAAUGGAACGAUGUAGCAAAACAAUUCGCCUCAAAGUGGAACUACAUCAAUUGUGUGGGAGCCUUGGAUAGGAAGCACGUCGUGAUCAAGAAACCCAAAGGUGGAGGAUCACUGAACUUCAGUUAA